AUUAUACUGCUCCAUUUUCUCUCUCCUAAUGCUUCCUUCUCAGAGUCUCAGGGGCAAGAACUCCGUGUUCUCUCUCCUCCAUUGUCGCUCUCCUUCGCGAUUCUCUCUCCUCACCGCCACCAUGUUCUCACCUGAUGCAACCACUGCGCUGUCAUCUUCUCUGCGAUACCAUCAUCUAUGCGUUGUCUCCUCUGUUGUAAUGGGUAAAAAUGUUGAAAAUGAUGGAAAAUGCUUGAGAAUUGCUCAAAUAGAGCUCGUGCGAUCGCAAAGAAUUUAUGUGUGUUCGCACGGGUCAGCAGAGUUGCCUCCAAAGUCAAGCAGGCUUGUGUGCUCAUUCCCCAUGAGUGUGUGUUCGCACGAAUUCGGAAAAUCGAUGCAGGAACUAUGUGGGAAUUCUUGCGAUUGCACCGAAGAAGAGCCCGCUCGCACGAAAUUGGAAAAUCAAUGCAGGAACUAUUUGGGAUUUUGUGCGAUCGCACCAAAGAGGAGCCCGCUCGCACGGAAUUUUGGUGGGCUCGCACUGAAUUCUCGUGCGAGUACAUGAAGAUAUAUGAAAAUUUGGCUAAGUCAGGCCCGUGCGAUCGCACGGUGUCUGAGCACGAUCGCACGGAUCGAAGGAAGAAAUUCGUCGCUGAGCUCGCUCGCAUGGAAUCACAGCUCGUUCGCACUGAUGCGAUCGCAGCUGGGUAUGCCCGUUCGCACGACUGCGCGGGAUUCCCUUUUCGAGUUUAAAUCUCUUACUUUUAGGGGUUAGUAUAAAUUGAAUUUUCUUUAUUUUCAUUAAAAAAAGUUAAUUUCAGAAUUAGAAUUGAGGAGG